AAAAAAAAAAAGGUAGCAAAUUUGCAUUCCGUUUUGUGCCUACGGCUUAGGGUUGCAGAUUUGCAAAUCGUGUGGAAGAAGACAGUCAACAGUAUUUCUUAAUUAGAUGUACCGUUUUGAGGAUAUAAAAUGUUGAUUACAACGGCGCACCGUAAGGUAGCAAAUUUGCAUUCCGUUUUGUGCCUACGGCUUAGGGUUGCAGAUUUGCAAAUCGUGUGGAAGAAGACAGUCAACAGUAUUUCUUAAUUAGAUGUACCGUUUUGAGGAUAUAAAAUGUUGAUUACAACGGCGCACCGUUUUCUCUCUGUUUUGGUUUUUUUUUUUUUUUUUUUUUUUUUUUUUUGAACUUCUUCUAAAAAUCAGAUAGGUUUAGGCUACUAAGAUUUUCAGUCUGCAUCAAAAUAAAAAAAAAAAAUUAUUGAAAGAGAAAAAUGAAUCGUGAUGUUGGCUAUUCAAACGGAACGAACUGUUCACAUUGGCGAAUAGAUCGAUACGGCUGAUUUACGAUUCAAAUACACGAGUUGAGCACCGAGGAUUGAAAAGAAAACUAUGUUUAGCAGCAGAGUGAAAUGGGUUCCACUAGCAAAGCAAUUCAAAGUGAUCGAAACCAGGAGGCCGUUUUGCUCCAAACCCACAAACAGUAACAAACCCAAGUCCAGUUUGAGUAACUACGACGAAGCGUAUCGGCAGCUCGACAAACUCGACUUCAUGACUGCUGCUAAGAUCCUCUUCACUGGUCCUCCGAAGGAAAAGAAAUUUGGGAUCGAUUUCCACUUGGUACAACUCUUCUUUGUAUGCAUGCCUUCCUUGGCUGUAUAUUUGGUGGCUCAAUAUGCUCGUUAUGAAAUGAGAAAAAUGGACGAGGAACUAGAGCGAAAAAAGAAGAAAGAGGAAGAGGAGAAAGCAAAAGAAUUGGAAUUAACUGCUGCUGAUGAAAAAGAGGUAGGAUCUGAUACAGAGCUUUUGGAGGUUAAAGCGAGAUUAGAUAAACUUGAGGAAACUGUGAAGGAAAUUACAGUUCUGUCGAAGAAGCAAUUAGAGAGUGGCCUGAUGAAAGGUCAGGAAGGAAGUAAUGGGAAAAAAAGUAUUGAUGGAACAGAGGCAAAUAACAGAGGAGUUAGUGCAGAAUCCAGCAAAUCCAUUGGGAAAGACCAUCCUAGCAAACAGAGUUCUUCAUAACUCAGACCAGGAUGGCGCCUAGGCAAAAGAGUUGGAAUUAACCGUUCUUAAAAAAAAGCAAGAUCAGUUCUAGAGCUUUUUUACUAAUAUUAUUAUUAUUAUUAUUAUUAUUAUUAAUUUUUUUUUU